AUGAAGGCUAGGAAGAGGCAGCAGGCAUUUGCUAAAGGCAGUUGUUCCGGGCUCUUCCGUGUUUUUGCUGGCCAAGAAGUAAACUAUUUUGAGCACUACAAUGGAGGAAAUCCGGUCAGCCAACUGCAGAGCUCAGACUUCACUAAGGGCUUGUUUUUCUUCAGCUUUUACUUGAAGGUUAACGUGGGAUGGACUCCCAGAUGGAGAACACUCGGCAGUCCUACUCUCAGCUCUGCCUUGCACUUAAGAGAUUAUCAACUUUCCCCAGGUCGAGCAGGCAGGUACAAGUUAGUGGGCUCACAACAUUUGACCUCGACUGGUUUUUCUAAGUUAUUUUGUAUAUUUUUCAGCAGCGAAACCAAACUGGGUCUUCAGCUUUAUUCCCGUUUCUUGCAAGGGAAGAGCCUUUAUACAAUUGGACAUGUUUUGUUUUUUCCUCAAUGA